AUGAACUAUAGACUUGGUCUUUUCGGCUGGCUGUCUGGCUCGACAUUCUCGGAACAAGAUGGCGUUCCCAACGCAGCGCUGUACGACCAACGCCUCGCUUUCGAAUGGGUCCAGAAGAACAUCCAUCUUUUCGGCGGAGACCCAACUCGAGUCACCGUGAUGGGCGAAUCAGCCGGUGCUGGAUCUAUCAUGCACCAAGUCACGGCGCAUGGCGGUUCCAAUGGCUCAUCUCCAUUCUCCCAAGCGAUCAUGCAAAGUCCAGGCUUCCCACCCGUUCCAGGAGAUACCCAGCAAGUCGCAACUUACAAGUCCGUCAUCAGUCAAGCCCAAUCUCUCAUCUCUACUGAUAUUACCGAUGUUGCUUCCCUUCGUGAGCUUGAUUUUGACACUCUUGCUGGUCUGAAUAGCAUCGUAGUCGCACGCUCAGCUCCUUACGGCACGUUUACAUUCGGCCCUGUCGUCGACGGGACAUUCGUCCCCAAGCUCCCCAUCGUUCUUCUCUCAGAGGGAAAAUUCGAUACAGAACUGAAUGUGAUGGUCUCACAUAACUCAGAAGAAGGCGUUCAGUCUACUUCACCUUUCUUGACGACGGAUGCAGCAGUAGCCAAGAACUUGAGAGAGGUAUUCCCAACAGCUAACAACGAGACAAUCGCCUACAUCCUCGACACCCUCUACCCAGCUGUCUAUGACGGAACAUACCCUCACACCUCUCUCUUCGGACGUGCUUCGCUCAUCACCGCGGAUAUUUCCUUCACCUGCAGCACCCGGUUCCUCGACGUUGCAUUCCAAAACGAGACAUACCCUUACUACUUCACUGUUCCGCCCGGAUUCCACGGUGGGGAUAUUGCCUACACAUUCUUCAACGGCGAUACCACGACAUUGAAUGAUGGUCUUCCUGUGCAACUUGCCAUUGCAACUGCCAUGCAGAGAUACAUCACGAAUUUCGCCAUGAGCACUACGGGCAAUCCUAAUGGAAGGGGACUUCCGUUCUUCCCGCAACACCAGAGCAACUCUACCACGAUGGUGAUUGGACUCGAAGGGAUUGGAGGAGUAGUUGUCGAUACCACUGCUAACGAGAGAUGUGCGUGGCUGAUACAAGGGCUGUACGUUGACAAUGUCCUGUCGAAGUAA